ACAGUCUACUUGCUUUAAAAAAUGUUGUGUCUUUUUAUCUAUUAGAGAGCAGAAAGACAAACUCGAAUUAUGGAUUCAGCUCAAUAUGCAGAAUUCUGUGAAAGUCGACAACUAAGUUUCUCCAAAAAAGCUUCCAAAUUUCGAGACUGGUUGGACUGCAGCAGUAUGGAGAUAAAACCCAAUGUUGUCGCAAUGGAAAUCUUAGCAUAUUUAGCGUAUGAAACUGUGGCACAGUUAGUGGAUCUGGCUCUGCUUGUGAGGCAAGACAUGGUAACUAAGGCAGGGGACCCCUUCAGUCAUGCCAUUUCUGCAACCUUCAUUCAGUAUCACAACUCUGCUGAGGUAAGUACAAAAAAAAAUCUGCCUUUAACACAUUUGUGAAUUUUGUCACAUAUCUGGUAUUUACAUUAGUGUUUCUUUUAAAAAGAUUAUGCAGGAAUGUAUAGCCUUCAGUCAAAGAAUCUUAAUACAUUAGACAUUCAAAUAAGUAUUUAAUUGAGCACCUACUAUGUGCCAGGCCCUGAUAGUCCAUGUAAGA